CUGAAUUUUCCAUUAAAAAAAUACGAUUUUUUUUUACCACGAGUGCGACUGUUUUACAUUGCCCGACACUGAGGAAGUGAGAGUGUGCCAAAUCUGAGAAUAUAAUUGCAGAAAGGACCCAUCACAGAAAGGCAUAGAUGGGAGAGAAAGUCUGUUUGUGCGUCACAGAGAGGAAAUGGGGUGAGAGGGAAGGAUUAUAAGCAACUGGGGGUUUAGUGUUUACAGCUGCUGAUUUCAAGCCACAUUGCAAGAUUUCAUUUUUCGGUAUAGAUUUGCAAGGCUGUUGAAGUUAGAAGCAACCUUUGUGCAAAAAAUUGAAGAGUGUUUCCUCUGAGCAAGUGCAAGGAGGAGGAAGAGAUCCAAGAAGGCUCCUUAUACCGUAUCUGGGUGGUGCAUUCCUUUAAAUUUUUGCUCUGGCCUGGAUCCACAACCUGGGAUUCCAGGAUUUUGGAAAGUCCAAACCUGUUCUCUUGCUGUUUCUUGCCGGAGUUAUGGCUACUAUGUUACAUUCUGAGUCAAGGCGUUUGUAUUCUUGGUGGUGGGAUAGCCACAUUAGCCCAAAGAAUUCAAAAUGGCUUCAAGAUAAUCUUAAUGAUAUGGAUAGCAAAGUCAAAGCAAUGAUCAAGCUCAUUGAGGAAGAUGCAGAUUCUUUUGCUAGGAGAGCAGAAAUGUACUACAAGAAACGUCCAGAGCUCAUGAAAUUGGUUGAGGAGUUUUAUAGAGCUUAUCGUGCACUAGCAGAGAGGUAUGAUCACGCAACUGGGGAGCUCCGCCACGCUCAUCGCACCAUGGCCCAAGCAUUUCCGGAUCAAGUACCAUAUGUUCUAGCUGAUGAAUCGCCCUCAGGUUCUUCAAAUCCGGAAGCUGAGCCUCAGACACCAGAAGUUCCACACCCCAUUCGUGCAUUGCUUGACAAAGAGGAUUUUCAUAAAGAAGCUUUGGAACUCUCUUCAACCAAUCUGCAUGCAAUAAAAAGGAAUGGAGGGCACUUGGAAGAGUCAGACUCUGAAGUAUACAAAAGGGGUUUAAAGCAGGUUAAUGAGAUGUUUGGCUCCGCAAUGACACCACAAAUUUCGAAAAGUGCAGAAGGAAGGAUGAAAAGAGUUUUGAAGGUACCUGAAGCAAUAGACAAUGGACAAAGUUUGAAAGACACCACCUCUGACUUAUCCAUUGAGAAAUGGACUCCGAACAUCCAGGAUCUCUGUGAGACUGAUUGGGCUGUUAAAGCUCAGAAUGAAGUUCGAACCAUAAAGAAAGCUCUAGCAGUGGUUGAAGCUGAAAAGGAAGCUGUCCUUCUCCACUAUCAGCAGAGUUUGCAGAAGUUAUCUGGCCUUGAGAGGGAACUUAAUCAUGCACAAAAUGAUGCUGGAGGGCUUGAUGAGCGAGCAAGCAGAGCUGAAAUUGAAAUCAAAAUACUGAAGGAAGCACUUGCUAAACUUGAAGCAGAGAGGGAUGCUGCUUUUCUUCAGUACAAUCAAUCUUUAGAAAAAAUAUCAAGUCUAGAGACUACGAUAUCUGCGGCCCAAGAGGGUAUAAAAGGACUUAAUGAGCGAGCGAUGAAGGCAGAAAUAGAAGCUCAAAAUCUUAAGCAAGAACUUUCCAGAUUGGAGGUUGAAAAGGAAACUGGUUUUCUUAAGUAUGAGCAAUGUCUUGAGAUGGUGUCUCUUUUCCAGAGCAGAAUCUCACUUGCUGAGGAAAAUGCUGGAAUGCUGAACGAGCAAACUGAAAGGGCAGAAACUGAAAUUAAGGCACUGAAGCAGGCUCUUGGUGAACUGAAUGAAGAAAAUGAAGCUGCAGCUCUUCGGUAUGAGCAGUGCUUAGAGAAAAUGAGUAAGAUGGAGACUGAAAUUUCCCAUGCACAAGAGGAUGCCAAAGCAAUGAACAGUGAAAUUUUAAUGGGAGCUGCGAAACUGAAAGAUGCGGAAGAGCACUGUGCCGUCUUGGAGAGAUCAAAGCAGUCUCUUCAGGAAGAGGCAGAGAACUUGGCUCAUAAAAUAGCGAUGAAGGAUCAAGAAUGUAUUAAGAAGCAAAAUGAAAUGGAGAAGCUUCAGAUUUCACUGCAAAAUGAGCACUCACGUUUUCUUGAAGUUGAAGCCACUCUCCAAACUUUACAGAAGCUGCAUUCUCAAUCUCAAGAAGAGCAGAAAGCUCUGACAUCAGAGCUUCAAAAUAAGUUGCAAAUGUUGCACAAUUUGGAGACAUGCAACCAUGAUCUGCAAGAAGACUUUCAGCGCAUUAAGGAAGAAAACCAGAGCCUGAAUGAAUUGAAGAGCUCUUCCUCCGAUUCAAUAAAGAAUCUGCAAAGUGAAACUUCUAGCUUGAAGAAGAUGAAAGAGAAGCUUGAAGAGGAGGUUGCACUGCAAGUGGGGCAAAGUAAUGCCCUUCAACAAGAGAUUUACCAUUUAAAGGAGGAACUCAAUGGCUUGAACCUAAGUUACCAGUCUCUAAUGCAACAAGUGCAAGAAGUGGGGUUGAGUCCUGGAUGCCUUGGGUCAUCUGUGAGAAACUUGCAAGAGGAGAACUCAGAGCUGAGAGAAGCAUGCAGAAAGGACAGUACUGAGAAGCAAGCUCUAUAUGAGAAGGUGAGGGACAGGGACAUAGUCUUUGAGAAGAAUGCUAUUCUGAAGUGCUCGGUGUCAGAAUUGAAUGUCAUCUUGGAAGGGUCAAGGGAAAAGGUCAAGGAAUUGCAAGACUCCUGCCAGUUUCUCCAGGGAGAAAAAUCUAGUCUUGUAGCUGAAAAAGCCAUUGUACUCGGUCAGUUACAGAUUUUGGCUGAGAAUAUGCAGAAAAUCUUGGAGAAAAAUGCCUCGCUGGAGGACUUCCUAUCUGCAGCCAACAUCGAGCUUGAAAAUUUGAGGGUAAAGUCAAAAGGCUUGGAGGACUUCUGCCAGCUACUCCAAAAUGAGAAAUCCAAUCUUCUUCAAGAAAGAGGCUCACUGGUUACAGAGCUGGAAAAUGUUGAACAGAGACUGGGAAACCUGGAAAAGAGGUUUGCAAAACUAGAAGAAAAAUAUAUUGAUAUGGAAAAGGAGAAGGUAACCACCCUUUCUCAAGUGGAGCAACUACGGGGUUCCUUUGAUGUGGAGCAAAACCAGCAUGCACGCUAUAUACAGUCAAGUGAGUCCCGUUUAGCAUAUCUGGAAAAUCAUGUCCAUCUGUUGCAAGAAGAAAGUAAUAAGUCAAGGAAGAAAGACUUUGAAGAAGAACUGGAUAAGGCCGUGAAUGCUCAGAUUGAAAUUUUCAUCUUGCAGAAAUUCAUUGAAGAUUUGGAAGGAAAGAAUUUCUCUCUAUUGAUUGAAUGUCAGAAACAUGUUGAGGCAUCCAAAUUAUCGAAUAAACUGAUAUCAGAGCUAGAGAGCGAAAAUCUUGAACAGCAGGUGGAAUUAGAAUUCUUGUCAGAUGGAAUUGAAAAGCUAAGAAUGGCCAUAAAUACAGUGUUCAAGGCUUUCCAAUAUGAUUUAGUUCAUGAACAGGAAGAUAAGAUUGAACUUGAGCAAAUCUCCCUCCCCCAUAUUUUGGAUAGUAUUGAGGACCUGAAAUAUUCGCUAUUGAGCUAUGACGACGAGAAGCAGCAGCUGCUGGUUGAGAAUUCAGUGCUCUCAGCUAUCCUGGGAGAAUCGAAAUUGGAGAGUGUUGAACUUCAGUCAGAGAAGAAAAAUCUUGAACAGGAUUUGGAGUUCAUUACAGAGCAGCAUGGGUUGCUCCAAAAAGAUAAACAUGAGCUUCUGGAGAUCAACAGGAAGUUAAUACUGAAAGUGAGCAAGGGUGAAGAAAAGGAGGAAGAAUCAAAGGUCAAAUUAGAAAUGAGAAAUGCAGAAAAUCAACAUCUGAAUGAAGCAGUUGAGAAGUUGCACAAUGAGCUGCAUAAUGUCACAGAUUUAAGUGAUCAACUGAACCAUCAAAUUUUAGUGAGCGAGGAUUUCUUGAAAGAGAAGACAAUAGAACUUAUGGAAGUAGAAAAGAGGCUCAAGUCCACAGAAAACAUGAAUACAGAAUUGUGCAGAACCAUUGAGGAACUGAAGAGUGAGAGUGGAGAAUCAAAACUAAUCAAUCAGAGUAUGGAGAAGAAGCUUCUUGAGCUGUCUAAGGAGAGUGCACAUCAGAAAAAUGAAAUUGACCGCCUUCGUGAAUUAAAAGAAAAUCUGGAAUAUGAAGUGGGUACAUUACAUUUGGAAAUUGAAGAACAUAGAACUAGAGAACAGCACUUGAGUUCAGAGCUGCUGGAGAGAAGCAACGAGUUUGAGCUUUGGGAGGCUGAAGCUGCAUCAUUUUAUUUUGAUCUUCAAGUCUCCUCAAUUCAUGAAGUUCUGCUUGAAGAUAAGAUUCAUGAGCUUACUGGAGUUUGUGAAAACCUUCAAAAUGAGAGCACUACAAAAAGUGUAGAGGUAGAAGAAAUGAAAGAAAGAGUUGUUAUCUUAGAAAAUGAAGUUGGAGGACUGAAGGCUCAGUUGUCUGCAUAUGUUCCUGUCGUAGCAUCUCUAAGAGAUAAUAUAGCAUCUCUAGAGCACAAUGCACUUCUUCGGAGAAAGCUUUGUGCGGCAGAAAAUCAAGAGAAAAUGGGUACAGAAGUGGCAGAUAAUGAAAUAAACUGUCGAGAACUCGAAGAGGAUCAUGAUGCUGUGGUCGCUGGUGGAAUUUCAGAUUUGCUGGAGAUGCAAGCUAGAAUUAAAGCCGUUGAGAAGGCAGUGGUGGAAGAGAUGGAUAACCUCGCAAUGCUGGAAUGCAUUGAGACAAACAAGAAGCCGGAAAGUACCAUGGAAAAGGCAGAAUUGGGAAACACUUCAAAUCAAGAAAACAACAUUUACUUGGAAGAGAGGGAAUGUGGGAACGAGCUCCAGGAAAUUGUUCAGUUGCCGAAGACAAAAUCUGAAAUUUCUGAGGUAAAAAAUGGGAUUAUGAUGAAAGAUAUCCCACUUGAUCAAGAAUCAGAUAGUUCAUUGUAUGGAACAAGUGGGAGACAAAAUGGUGCGGGCAAUGAUCAGAUGCUUGAGCUAUGGGAAUCUGCUGAGGACCAUACUUUUGAUGCAAAAGCGAAUGACCUUAAAAAGCAGCAAGGCAAACCACCAACUGUGACCAAUGAAUCCCAUCAGUAUAAAGAUGUAAUAGGAAGGAAUGUGCAUCCUUCAACAGAAUUGCAGGUUGAGAAGGAGCUAGGUGUUGACAGACAAGAGUUACCCACGCAAAGCAGGGACCCAAAUCAAGAAGGGGAGAAGGGAAAGAUCCUGGAGAGACUUGCUUCUGACUCUCAUAAAUUAGCGGGUCUUCAAACAACUGUGCAAGAACUGAAGAAGAAAAUGGAGAUGAAGAAGAGUAGCAAAAAGGCUGGGAGCCCUGAAUAUGAAAGAGCAAGUAGACAGUUGCAAGCAGUAGAAGAGACUAUUCUGCAUCUAAUAAUUACGAACAAUCAAUUAAAGCAGGAUGUUGAAGAAAGUCCAGCACCCCUUGAUAAUUGCACUUCUGCUGGCUUGCUUGAAUUUGACAAUGUUCCUAAAACCACGGUGACAGAAGAGGCUCGGAGAGGAUCUGAAAAGCUCGGAAAGUUACAGUUUGAGUUGCAGAGCAUCAAGUAUGUUUUGCUUAAACUGGAGGAUGAAAAGAGAAUCAAAGGUAAAAGCAGAUUUUCGCAGAUCAGAACCGGGGUCCUGCUGAAGAACUUCAUUUAUAGUAGUAGGAAAGGGCGCGGAAAGAAGAAGAAGAAGACUUGUUUCUGUGGGUGCGGUAGACCUUCAACCAGUGGCGACUGAAGUAAACCGGUCACAGGAUUAGCUUUUUAACUGGCCGCAGUUCUUUCCUUUAUAUCACUAUGAGCAGUAGAAACUUUUAGCUUAAAACUAUUAAGUAGGCCUGAUCUUAUCAUAAUAAGCUGUUAGCUUCAGCUUGUCUGAAUCUUCUAAAAUCACCUGCACCAUGUUAUGUAUGCAUUACGUUCUUACAUGCCUGUAUUGGAGAUUUCAUGCUCAACUUACAGGCGGCUUAUGAGUAAUGUCAUCUUGCCGUGUUAAAGGUUA